AUGACGACUAACUAUUUAGUGCCAAACACUAAACCGAUUAAUGGAAAUGUGUUUCAUUCAUUCGAAAAGAUAAAUGAAAUAUUCGCAAAGAAUGACGGUAGAAGAUAUUAUAGAGAACUUGAAAGUUCAUGCUAUGACUCUGAUGCUCCAUAUUUUGAUGAUAAACAAACUCAUUUAAGAAUUACAAAUCCGGCUCAUGAUGUGAACCAAUUAGGUGACACAUAUAUUAAACGCAAAGUUAAAGCAACUCUAGUUUCAAAUAAAGCUUUCACAUGUGAUGCCGCUUUUAAAUGCAUGCGUUUAUUCGUUGGUUACAAAUCAUCAAAUCAAAGCUUUAAACAAUUAGAAGUAGAAACCGAAAGAGGUGAUGCCGGUUAUCUUCAAAUGGAUUGCGCCCGUGAAUCUUUCGCAUUUGCAACAUAUAAACCAAAAUCAGAAAGGAAAGUUAAAAAGUUUGUUCAUUCGUUAUAUAAUAAUGUUCAAAAAUAUGAUAACUCAGUAUGUGGUAAAUAUAUUGACCCUUCAGAAGUUUUCAAGAACGCAAAUGAAGAAGUUGAUAUCACUUUUGAUAUGAUUAUUCCGGUAAAUGAUUUGUUAGCAUUUCAGGCGUUCGAUGAUUAUCCUAAAUCAUUUGGUGAAAUCAUUCUUAAAUAUUAUGUUUUCAGGGAUACUUUAGUAUUUUGUCAGGUUGACCCGUUAAGAGUUGCUGAUUUACAAAAUUAC